AUGUUGCCUUUUCAUCAACAGCAGAUUAGACACUAUCAGCAAGUUAAAAAACAGGAUUCAAAGCCUUUGCUGUUUUCAGUACCAGAGCCAUCUAAUUUCCCACUGCCAAAACAUGAAGGUUCAAGUAAUCAUGAUGACUACAAGACUGGACGCAAGAACAUAGAGCAUGUUGGAUCAAGCAAUAAUAACCCAGCUACUCAUCCUCAGCAACUGUUUCAGAAACAAAUCAAACGGAGAAUUCACAAUGUACAGCCAAAUCCUAUUGCUGUUUUUUCAAAAGGCAUAGACGACACGACACAUAGCAGCACCGAUUCUAUGAGUGAUGUUAGCACCGAUUCCAGCAGCGAAUCUAGUGAUGAUGAGGGCAUAGAUUUAGAGUCUGAGCCAAUGACCAAUGCAAAUAAUACUCACCAGUCUCUUGACCCAAAAAAUAUAUCAUUUGGACAAAUUCAAAAUGAAUCUCAUAAAGCCUCGCCUGUACUGGAUCUUGCUUUGGAAGCUCCUCAGUUGGAUGAAAGCGAAGCAAUUGAUGAUAUUUUGUCUUUUGAUUCAGAUGAAAGCUAUCAGUCUGCCGCAAAUGAAUCAUACUCUUCCAAUGAUUCCCUAGACAUUUCUCGACUGCCACAACUACCACCCGACUUUGAUUGUAAAGCUGUAAAAAUCCCAGAUGAGCAUGUAAUUCUAUCCGACUAUUUGCUUCUUGAAAAACCUACCAUGAACGAUUAUGUUCGAAAUUACUUGCAUACUCGAGAUGGAUUUAAAAAUCUUGUUGCGUUUCUUACCUUGCCUGGCACCACCGAUCCACCAAUGUUUUUAGAGAAUGAUGAUGGAGACAUCACCAAGGAUGUUUUGUUGGAGCCGAGACACCAAUCCACGGCUAAUUGGACUCGCGAUGAAGCACAAAGAGGAUGGGCAGUAGCUAAUAUCCUUGCAGAUUCAUCCCUCUUGACAAACUCGAGUGAUGCCAAGGGUGACAAGGCUUGCAUCAUACGUGCACUGGUAAGAAUUUGUGAACCACAGGCGCGCGGAAAUUUCAAGCAUUUAAGCAAGGCUUUUUUAGGAUUUGGACGAGAACAAAGUGACAUUUUGGCAAUCGCAACGUUGAAAGUAGCCCAUCAACGGCCACUACUACUUCAACUUUUACGAUGUGUAGUACAACCUGAAGUGACUGAUUGUUUGAUGCUACUUAUGCGCUGGGGUCCUCCAGAAAAGCCAACGAUGCGAAAACAACUAUUUGAGCACCUUUUUCAUAUCCAGCUGGCAGACUCUAUAUUGGAUCUUGUAUGCUUUAAAGAACAACCACAGAUUGCUAUUGCCGCAUCAGAGCUAUUUGUGCGUCUCUAUCGCCAAUGUUUAAACAUUGAGCAUUCAAACAGAAUGUACAUGACAAUUGGUGGUGAGGGAAAGCGGAUAUCACGACUUCUUGACAAUAUUGUCGAGCUUCUCCAUUUAAACUUAUCUGACAAAGCAUCGUUUGAAAGUAAUGACCUUUUGCCAAACCACUGUCAUUCCAAAAUGCUUUCGGCAUGGCUGGACGUAAUCGACUGCAUAGUUGUUCCGCGGAAGCAAAGCAUUGUACAAACCAAGAUCAUUGGUGCCAUAUUGGAUGUACCAGUUUCACCAGAGCCACGGAACAGUGUGAUCAAAACUGUUCGAAAAAGAUUUCCUCGAUUGUGCUCCGAUAUGAUUUUAACAAGUGCUAUGCCCGUUGUUUCUACACUGUUAAAAUUGCUAGAUAUCAUUCAGGGUGUUGUUACAAACUACAAGGAUUCAGAGGACCUGGAUCAGAUUUGCAAAUACAUUCCGUGGAAAAAACUGACUGAUUGGUUUUUUGGUCGAUUCAAACUGCUGGCUAAUUAUAAUACUUUAUCAGCCAAUCGCGGCUAUAUACGAGUGAUUCUCAAUAUUAUUCGACUGCACAUUCAAAAAUAUCCUUUACUUCAACCUCAAGCAAGUGCGUCAACAAAUUUUAUUGGCUUAACAUCUUUAAGUCAUCCGACUGAAAGAAAUGUUUACAAUAUUGAGGACACGUUUGGUCUUGUUUCUUUCAACAAUACCUCUGGGUAUUUUGCAGUUCUUACGAAAUCGCAUCAAGAUUGGAAUGAAAUAUUACCAAAACUUGUGUUUGACACCUUAUCAAGUAUUCGACGAUUAGGCAAACCAUCUGCUUCUGUGUUGCUACCUCAGCCACUAGCAAAUCCAAUAUCAACUGCUCCUGGAAUGUGGUCCAGCACACCUAAUUCUCCUGAGCAGACACCUAUGCAUAUUGAUACUAUCACGUCCAUGCGAAAUGAUCAUUCGAAUAAUUUGGAGCUUACUCUGCCAAUGUUGACACCUAGUUCAAAGACGUUUCUUGGAGGAUCACAUUGGGCAAUGAAAACAGCCAUGCUAUUGAAUGGUCCAUCCAUGCCAGCAUCGGGAUCAAGUACAGAUUCAUCAUUUUUGAGAUUCUCGACACCCAUCCAAAAAACAGAUUGCCCCUUGCUUAAAAACGGACGUCAAUCCACAGAUGCUUUUCAACCUAAUUUGGUGGAACCUAGUUCUCACGACCAACCCUCGAGGAAUACUGAUGAUGAUACGGACAGCGACUGUACAAUCAGUGGAAGUACUGAUAGUAUGGAAUUAGAGUUUGAUUACGACUGUGGAGGUGUUGAACUUGGCUCCCCAUAUCUUGAUUUAAAAUACAAUGCAUUGAUGUUGCAUUCAGCCAGUGGGUUUAUUCGACUAUGUCUGUGUUCUAAUUUUGAUAUGGUUGUUGGUUUCCACAUCAUUUAG